AUGAGGCUUCUGGCCAAAGUGAAUAUAAGAAAAGUUUUUCAGAUGAGAGUACCGUUGUAUCUGACUCUGUUCAUGACUUCCUUAGUUCCUUUAAUGAUCACAGCUGCUGGUACAGACAACAUAGACAUUUGGUAUAAAGCUAAACCUUUUCAAAUGAACGAUGUAUCAAGGAUGGGUAGCUCGAUUUCAAAUGAAAAAGCUCUUAAGCUAGGGAUGUCAACAUUGCAUGUACCAAUCAAGUUCAUGGAAUACAUUCUGCAUCUUAACCUGGACUUUGCGGCUUCCGGCAACACGUUCUUUGAAAGAAAAAAUGUGUUCAAGUCGAGUUUUUUAAGAAAAUAGGUUCACGCGUUGAUGCAGUGAAGCAAGGGACAGAAACAACAAAUGAUGGAAAUACCUCUCAAAAAUUCUUUUUAAAUCCUAACAUUAUCCAAAUAGACGAACGUUUAAUAAGAAGACUGGGAGUGACUCCUGAGGUAACUUAC